UAUAAUAAAAAGACAGUAAAAUUUGGUAAUAAAACAAUCCGUAUAAAUUAAUGCAAGUCGCCAGAAGCUUAUCAGCUGAUGCGUCGCCGCCAUGUUGAAAGAAAUCUUCCUGUUGUUGUCAAUUAGUUGCGCACUUGGAUUUUUUCCUGAUUAUUCCCAUGAAUUGUGCAAACGACCUGGACUUCUAUGUAAAGAUCAUGCGGAGUGUUGUUCGGGAGUCUGUUUCGAAAUUGGCAACAUUGGAUGGCGAAGUUGUAUUCAAAUUCCUGAAGAAAUAACAACUCGUACGGCUAGUACAACUCCGAAAAUUGAAAUUUAUGAUUUUGAUAGUUAUAAUUAUAGCUGUGAUCCGGUGGGAAGAAGGUGUAUUGUGAACAAGAACUGCUGUUCCCGGAACUGUUACAAAAACGAAAUCAUUAUGAAACCUGGGAUGUGUGUAUAUUGAGUAAUUUUUUAUUUAAAGGUAGUUUAAUUGAGUUAAUUAGAGUUUUCUGCGCUCGUGUGUCAGCAAACACAUUCUGCUCGUUGCGCCAACUCACUCACAGUUCAAAAAUCCCCGCCAACUUACAUAAUAUAAAUAAAAUAGUGAUCUUUGACUUUUUUAAUGGAUUAACGGAAAAAAAACUACCUUAAUAAUGAAAUC